AUGACGCGGUCCAAGCUGCCUCCGACUCGAGCACAUCGCGACGAUGCCUUCGCGCCUGCAGCUGAACCCACGUGGAAAGAAUAUGGGAUUGAUAUGGGAUCGGCCGAAUACUAUCGCCGUCGAGAGGAGGAGUUCGACGAGACGACACAGACACGGAAAAUCUACAAGGACAAGACGGAGAAGCUGCGCGAUUGGAUCAAAGGUUUAUGGUUUCAAUACUGUGAGCACGUCAACAAGGAGCCGAUGUCGACCCUCAAGACGAUGCCAAUCCAAGUUCUCGACAACUUCUUCCACUGGCUCCUGCACAGGAGGCGCGAGAGUCUGCGCAGUGCCAGCUCGCUGCAGACGUACUGGAAUGUCUUUACCCUAAUGCGACGAAGCGAGACCGGCAUCAUCGACGUCCCACUCUUAAUCAAGUCUCAGAUGCAUGGGGUCCGACAGCGACUGGCGGCCGAAUUCGAGCUGCGAACAGAGAAGAAACCGAAGACGAUCGUUCGGGUCGAGGACGAAGUGAAACUCCUAGCAGCACUGUGGAGCUCGAAUGAGAUGUCGAUGGAGCACGAACGCCUUCGGGUCCAACUGGCGUUGUUGAUACAGCUGGCUGGUAUCACCGGCAGCCGGCCCGGCGCCCUCAUAAGUCUGACGUAUCGCGACUUGAAGCUGUCUCUGCUACGGGAUCCUGAAGGAAGCGAGUGGCCGAGACUUGUCGUCGAUGUCACUUUCAGGAAUACUAAAUCCUUUCUUGGAGCAAAAGCCCCGAAUACGUUCCCAAUCCCACAAGUCCCUAAAGAGCCGUGCCUCCUCUUGUGUCCGCAGAUCAGUCUCUUAGGGCUCAUCUUUGCGGACCACGCCUUUGAUGGCCUUGAAAGCCCGGAACAGCUGUUCCAGUUGAGAGUUACCACUGGCUUGAACGAGCAAGUGCUACCGAUCAAAGAUGAGUGGGCUGCUAUCCCGCUAUUCCGCCGACUCAAGAGCAGCGUGCACGGCCUCGUGAUGUCUGAAGACGUGUGUGCGACGGACGACUGGUUGCGCGACAAGCUCAAGACGCUGAGUGAUGUCGUUGGCUUCGACCUUCCCACCGGGCCGUAUUCUUUCCGGCGAGGUGCAGGAGAGGCUUUUGACAGCAGCAAUUAUGUCAGUGACUCGCAGCGUAACCUGAUCCUCCAGCACGCCUCCUCGGCAGUCUUCCAGCACAACUAUCUCUCGCGAUACAUUACCGCCGAUACGCAAGCUGCUUUUCGCGGCUUGGAGCCGCAGACGGCACUGAUGCGAGCUGCGAGCGGCAUGUCUCGUACGAUAGACCCCCGUCGACCGACCAAGCUGAGCGAAGCCGAGCAGGCGCAAGUCAAGCAGCACCCCGAGGUCAAACUCCACCGCCGACGUCGAGACGGGCUGAAGAGUAGAAUACGUGACAAAUAUGGGCCUAUGACCCGUGCGAAGGGAACACUCAUCUACAACAAGUACCACGCUGCUAGGCGCGAUCACGAGAAGGCAGUCAAGGCUGCGCGCAAAGCGAUGCUCGCUAAAAGCAAGACUAUCUAUCGAAAGCGCCAGCCCGUAGCGGACAUCGCGAGGCAACUGCGAGGUGACUGCGACCCGGAUAAAGCAGGCGAGCCCAUAUCCGAGGAUUUCCCCACGAACACCCGUCGUCGUCGCGUCAUGAAUGCGCUGCUCACUCCCGCCCCGUCGGACCCAGCACGAGAAUCCGAACGUCGUUCGAAAGCUGUCGCAGCCAUUGCGUCGUUGAGUCGGCAUCGGGAUCCCCUUGUCCCCGAAGUCUGUCGGCCACGGAGGAUGGCACGGCCAGUAAAGGAGGCUAGCCUCGACGCAGAGCAGGAGAUGAAGUCGCCGGCUUUCUCUUUGGAGUGCCCGCCAACGCAAUGCAUUUUCUGCCUCGGCAAUCACGAACUGUCAAUGGAGCGCCGUACGAAGUCUUUUUACAGCCGUGGUACUCUCAAGAAACAUUUCCGGAAUGAGCACCUCCAGUAUCAUCCCGAUAACGCACCGAUCAGAUGUCCUCAUCCAAUGUGUGACCUUACCCUGGAACACAAGAUGCAUUUGCAGAACCACGCGGCAGUGAUCCACAAGACUCUUACGUGA